AUGUGUCUGUUUUUGAUGUUUCACUAUAUAUUUAUCUCUCAGAUUCAAAACGCUCCUGUGGGGUCACCUCAAAGACAAGAAGCUCAGAAGAAUCUGCUUGAGGAAAUAAAUCACAGGAAACAAAUCGAUCAGAAGAUUAUAGAGAUUCUUAGACUUUCACUCAAACAAACCGAUGUAUUAGAUCUCUUAACUUCCACAAGAACAACAGGACAACCUGUUGUAGAUGAUUGGGACUGCUACUGGACUCUGGUUAAAAGUUUCAAGAAUCAAUGUGGAGCAAAGAUGGAAUACGAUAUGAAGUAUGCAGGAGCACUUGCCAAUAUCUGCAAUAUGGGAGUGGAUGUGAAGAAAAGUGUUGCAGCUAUUGAAGAAGCUUGUGCCCAUUAA